AAAGCGCACGAAUGUAGUUAGUCCAGCGGAUUCGCGGUGAGUUUGGAAGAGUUGCAGUCGCGCUGUUAGUGUCGGACAGUUCUGCCCGGGGAUCCGGAGCUCAGCUGCCGGGUUCGGAAGUGACAGUGUGCCGGUACCGCUGGGCCCCUAUACGCACUCACAUCUGCUCAUUGCAGGUUAGCCAGCUUGUUGGGGAUUAUUAUGGAAUCCAUCAUGAACAACAUUAUGAUAGCCUCCUUCACUCUCUGGGCGCUGUAUACAGAAUGUCUCUCAGUCAGGUUUCAGGUCUCAUCAACACCAUCAGUAUCUGUGGCACUUGGGUCAGAUGUGCUGUUACCUUGUACUCUGACUCCUGAGAAGAAUGGAGAGAAGAUGGAAAUCCGUUGGUUUAAAAAGAUAUACCGGCCCUAUGUUCAUCUUUAUAUUAAUGGGAAAGACGAUUACACAGCCCAGAUGCCACAGUUUGCUAACAGAACAGAACUGCUAAAAGAGAACAUCACUAGGGGAGAUUUCCCUUUGAUGAUCCGUAACGUCACAGCUCAGGAUUCUGGGGAAUAUCAUUGUUAUGUGGAGUCCAGUGACCAUCACAGCAUGGCAGCAGUACAGCUACAGGUUACUGCCGUUGGAACUGUGCCGGUUAUUUCGAUUACUAAUGACAAUGUUUCUUGUGAGUCCCGUGAUUGGAAUCCAAAACCUCAUCUGACAUGGACUGAUAACGAGGGAAAUGAAAUAAACUCCUCUGUGGUGGAAGUGUUGAGAGAUGAGAAUAAUUUAUAUUAUAUCAUCAGUAUUAUCCAGCAACCAAGUGCUUCAAACAUCACUUGUACUGUCUCCAAUUCUAUAAACCACUGCAGUGAUACCAGGCAGAUCAGAGGAUUGGAACAUUCACAAACAUCCAGGGGUACUCACAGUCACGUUUAUGUAAUCGGUGCCAGCUUUCUGUUGAUUUUCUGCAUUUGCCUUCUAUUGAGGAGUCUGGCAAAUGGAACCCCACACACAGAAGCUCAUUCUCCAGUCUGACCUGCUGGUUGAUCAAAAGGAUGUUGACUGCCCCCUUUAUCCGAAGCCUCUUCACUUUGCCUCACAGGGGGAAAACAUCUUCCAUGACUUCAACCGUA